GGCGCCACGAUUCUCACCAGACAACCAGACAACCAUCCGCCGUUCGCUCCCUUCCACCUCAUCGACGGGAUCUGAGUAUUCACACUCGCUUCGCGCCCGCCCAGUCCCGUCUCGAAAUCCUCCCGACCUCCAAAUACAUGCGUCUGUGACGGUUGCGCGGCCAAUUCCCUGCUGUCUAGAUCGCCAACGCUGCCUGGCAGUGGCAGCCAUGGCAUCUUCAGCCUCGGCCUCCAACACUGUCAUCGAGUCACUGCCAACCCGGCCCCCAACUCCUCCUCGAGAUACCCAUCUCGAACCUCGCGUCUCUCUCAGAGCCGUCCUCGGCCGCAGCCCCUUCGACCCGCGACUGCAACUCUCCACGCCGCCGAACCCGAAUUCUCCCCUGUCGACCGGGGCAACCAAUUCCAACUCGCCCUCGAAACGGAUGAGGAAAAAGGUCGAAUGGUCCGCUCAUACCGAAUACAAAGAUCCGCCCGAGUAUCAGGAAGGCAGCAAGCUGAAUAGGUCAUCUCCCCUUUCGGGCCCUGCCUCCGUCUCGAAACCCAUCAAGGGCAUUCUCAAGCCCUCGCCCUCUCCGAAUCCCCUGUCCUCGUCGCUACACGGCAACCUCGAUGGCCUAUCAAGCCAAGCCAAUAUUGCCGAGAUGUUGGACUCAACAAUCAAGCAGCUUGCUGGUUCCGACCGGGACUCGCGCCUCGAUGCCUACAUGAUGCUUUCUCGAGCCCUCAAGGCCUCCAACAAUUUGCCCGAUCGGGUUGCCUUGCAGGACAAGAUGAGCCUAUUCAUGCAGUUCAUCCAGCGCGAUGUCAAGUCUAGGACCGAGAAUGGAUCUCCCGACAGCUCCCUCAUCAAUCACGCCUUAAACCUCCUCACUACCUUCCUACAUUUCCAGGCCAUCGCUUCGACGCUCACUUCCGACUUCGGAGUCUUCAUCAUCGAUCACUGCAUUCGUUCCUUCGACGACCCGGCCGUGCCCAAGGACCUCGUCCGCCAUUUGAUGCAAGUGGUUGCAUUCCAGUCCUUCUCCCACAAGGUCAUGACCUUGGAUCGAGUUGGUAGGCUGGUGUCCUCCAUGCACAGGAUCGAGGAUCGUUUGACGGGCAAGAGCAUCGUCAUGGGUCGCAUCCAAAUCUACAAGCGACUUAUCAAGCAAUCACGAAACCACAUGGUUGUCCACACAGACUGGAUGAUGGACAUGUUCACAGACAUGAUGAGCACCAUCAGAGACAUUCGCGCUCAGGCUGUCAGCUUGGGCGCCGAUGCUGGAUUCUCACUUCGAAAUGAAAAGCAAAUCAUGCGCAAAGCAACCGAGAUUUUCCAGACAAUGGACGGCGAAGAGACAUACAUCGAGUUCUACAUCCGGAAGCUCGAAGACAUGAUAAAGGAUAAAUCAUGUUCUUCUGCCGUUCCGCAAAUCUGGAGUGCCGUGACCUUGUUUCUCCGCUGUCCACUUGACAGAUGGCAAUACUUUGGCCCUUGGUUGAAGCUUGCCCAGUCUGCAUUUAACACAACCGAUACACAAACCAAACAAGAAGCGAAUUAUGCUUGGAACCGAUAUGUCUACCUUUCCCUCAUUGAUACAAAAACGGCGCCAAAGGCCCUUGGCCUACUGGCCCAACCCCUUGUGAGCCAACUACGACGGAAGGUGAACACCAAACAGGCCGACGAAGGAAUGAAGCUGCGCAGAGUUGUCAUUAGUGGUAUCUGCAAUCUCUACUAUUACGCCUUCCGACCAAGCCACGACAAUGCCUCGACCGAUACCGUUUGGGACCUUGCACUACAACCUGUCAUAGCACAGCUCAUCAACCUUGACGGGAAGCCUGAGACGCAUGGUGACUCCAUGAUUCAGGCCUCUCGCAUCUUGGCCGGCCUUUUGGAUGUUUCGACGCCCCGAGGUUGGAGGGAAGACCGUAUUCGGGAUAUGCCAUUGGUCACGCCCGAGGAUCUUCCUUCCAUCGACUCGAAAUGGACUCGUCGAAACUCCGACAAGGUCUUCCAGCUAGUUGGCCCGAUUUUGGAGAAGAAAUUCACCGAUCUAGCUAACAAGGAGAGUUUGACAUACAGACUGUGGCACGCGUUAGUCGGGGCCAUUGCGGCUGCUUCGGCGAAGGAUAUCAAGGUUUCUGAUGACACCGCCAAGUUCUUUGGCUGUGCCUUGGAUAUUCUCUCCAAGAUGUGGUCCAAGGGAUGUUCCGAGGGAGAAGAGUCCGUUAAUCCGAAAUUCCUGCUGAGUGUCAAGAACUUCGUCCACGUCCUCGUCAACAGCCUUGGACUGCUUCCCUUCACCGAGAAGAGACUAUCUAUGUCUACGGCAAAUAGAUUCGAACCUGCGGCAACGCCAUCCCGUUCCGAUCGAGUCGAUCCGUUACGGGGAAUCGCCCAAGCCCCUGUAUAUCAUCUCUUCUCUAUGCUCUGCUCCAUCCCUCCCGGUGUAGCUGACGACGAAACCCUUUGCGAGUUUUUCCAAUCAGUUUUCGAGCCGUUCUUCAACGAAAAGAGCACCAAGGUUCGCGUUGAGCUUAUCCGCGAGAUGCUCCGAUUAUUGCCCCGGGAUGCUCAGGUUCCCUUUGGCCCGUGGGUUCUAGCUGCAAAUAGCAUGCGUCUGACUUUGGAACAGACCAUUUCAAGCUCUAUCCCCCCCAGCAGCGAACGUUUUCUUGGCCCUGAUUACCGGGAGGUUGUGUCCCUCCUGGAACGUGGUCUUCUGUUCCACCCUAAUCUGCCGUCCUCAUCCUGGUUCUCGCUCUUCAGCUUCCUCUCAAACCACAUUGUCCAGGAGUGUGGCGAUGCUGGCCGCGCUCUCGGUCUUGUGGAACCUGUUGCUAAAAUACUCUUGGAAAACUUCUUCAAAGCCACAGACAAGCUCGACAAAAGGGCGCUCACUCUGACGACGAUGCUCUUCAAUGUUGCAAAGCUACCCCGAGACCGCCAAGCUGUAGAGGCUGCCCGACGACGACUAUGGGGUGCCCCCCAGCCAUACCAGAGCCUGAAGUUUCUUUACGACAGUUCGGCAAACUUGGAUAAUGAAACAUCUGUGGCCUCUUACAUUGACACUAUCAAUGCAUUUAUGAGUGCGUCCUUGUUGCAAGCGGGGCUCAAGACCCUGUCCAAAUUGCAGGAUGGACUAUGUUGGUGGAUUCAGGAUGAUAAGGCUCGGUUGAAAUUGAGUGACGAAUCUCCUGUGCCCAUUGCAUUACGAGCUCUUUGGGAUACUAUCAAUCGCCAUCUGAUUUCCGUUGGCCGUCUGGAAAAUAAGGACCUUGGCCUAAUCGAGCCACUCAUUUCGGCAGGUUUCAAAAGCAAGCACCGCUACGUGGUGAACAAAAUGGCGGAGACCUGGAACACCAUUUUCAAAGAUGAGGAGAGCCUUGACUGCUCUGAUAGCCUCAAGGCAAUCAUAACUGCUCUGCGCCCCAAGGUGGAUGUGUCAUUUCCCGGCAUUGAGGAGUCAAGCGGCGAGUUCGGUGCUCAAGCCCAAUCAUUCAUCGGUUCCCAGGACGACCUAAGCUUUAUUGCUCUCUCUUCUACCAAAUCAGCUGAGCGGGCGACCCCGCCAGCUGCGUCUUUGUCAAAACUUGCCUUUCAAGGACCGAUGACUAGGAAGCGUCGGAGAGAAGGCACUCCUGAUGUGAUGCAGGUCAAGUCAAUGAAACGAAAGAGCACACCUCGUUUACGCCACGACAACUCACAGAUCCAAUUUGCACCAAUCGCACCCUCAUCUCCUCUGGCGGACGAGUCUCAACAUCUCACGGAGAGACAGAAGGAGGUUCGACAGCGGCAGCGAGAGAACGCUGGGGCUAUUCCGGGUGUUAGGACUAGCCCCAGAACCCGUUCUCGAACUUCUCUGGCGGAGAAAUCCAAAGCAACUCCUGUCAGCACCAGGACACGACACCAAGAAUCGACCCCCGAACGCCCGGCGUCCUACGAAGAGUUUAUCAGCUUAACCCCGACCCCACGACGGGGACACGCCUUGCAGAUGGAAGACUAUAACGACCCUCCCUCCUCACCACCACCAGAGCCAAGACCUAACCCGCUGCUGUCCGAGAUUCAAACGCGGUCGAGAGCACGGAGCUCCUUGGAGAACUGGGAGUUUUCAUCACCCCCGGGAACGCCUCCGACUAGUCAUCAGCAAGCCGCCCGCAGCCUUGAGGCCCUUCCGAUUGGCUCCACUAAAAGAAACACCAGAAGACGAAGCCGUAGGAAGACCAGAUCCAGCUCUCAGUUCAAUCCGGAAGUCAUUCCCUCAAGUGUCCCUGCAGAAGAAGAGAUACCGGUUGCUGUCGAAGAACCUGCCCCUUCAAUUCCAGAUGAAAAGAAAGAAGAACCCGUCGCGGAAGCUCCAUCCACACCGUCUCGUCGAGCUACACCGCCUGAUAACAAGGUGGAGGAGACCCCCAAAUCUGGAGACGAUGAAUAUGUGGAUGCGAGAAGCAGCCCCGAAGAGCCACCACGCGAUGAAGCCCCUGCUGCGGCUGAGGAGUUGGUUGAUAUUCAGAAUCAUGAUUCCUCCUUUGAUCUUAGCGAGGUCGACGAGAGCAGCAUGAUGAGACUGGUCGUUGAGCUUGAGUCGAGACAUUGCAACUUGCCGUUUCAUAAGUUCAAUUCUACUUCUCCUCCGAAGAAAGCAAGUCAACCGAAGACCGCAAGCACCACACUCCAUCCCGAUUCGUCACCUGAGAAGGAAAUGGCUAGGAAGGUACGGUCCAGAUCCCCCGUCAUUCCAUCCACACCCGCGAAGCCAGAACUGGAGGUCUCAAGCCAGAGCCAGCCCCAGAGCCAGAGCCAGCCCCAGAGCCAGAGCCAGAGUAAGAAGAAGAGGAAGCGGCCUGCUGCGUAUGCCGAAACUCGUAACAAGAGGAGGCGAUCCGUUGGUACCGUGGGGCAUGACCAGGGUGACGAAAGCCAGUCAACAUCCUUUGAGGAGACCAACUCACCAGUCCCGACUACGCGGCGCUCGUCUCGGCGAAAUGCAGGGAUGAAGAGUAAAAAGCAUCAAGGCAAGGAUACCCAGGGCCCAGCAGUGGAGGAGCCCAAGCAAGUGGCACCCAAGGAGGUGGCCUCAUCUGAUCGAGUGGAUGGGCGUGAUUGCGGGGACACGGAUGAGGAGCUCAUGUCACAACUAGUGACAGAGUCCAAUGCGGCCUCGCAAUCACAGCAUGAAGCGGAACCCGAGACAGGAAUCCCGAUUGCGAAUGACCCCAUGGAGCUUGACGCCGUUGGGGAAGAGGAACCCCAGGCCGAGCUGCAGGAGAGCGCAGGGGCUCCCCACAGCGGAGAAACCGAGAAAGAAGCGAACAAGACAAACACCAUUGUGGACAUUCUCCGCGGCGGCCUAAACGAGCUGCGUGGGGCGGCAUUGUCGCGUGAUGAGGUAUACCAGCUGGAGGAUAUGUUGAUGGAUAUGAAGCGGGAGUUGUUUGAGGCCGAGAGGCGAGGAAGAUAGUGACAUGCCUUGGAUGUAUUGGUUACGGUGUCGAGGUAUUUUGAGAGGGAUUGUAUACCACAAGUAUACUUGUACAAAGCACUUAGCCCGCGGUCUUGUCACUGCAUCAUCUCACGAUGGAAGCUGGCUACACAUGUACACACAUCACAGACACAUAGAUACAACAAAACAAACAAACGAACAAACAUUCAAACAUAUCCAUCUAAAAUGGAGUUGUUGUUAUUUGCACGUAUUGGACGCAUAGCUUCUGGACGGGUGCUUCGCCCAUCAUUAAGUUUGAAGUAUUAUCCCUAAAGACUGAGAAUAAAUAAAAAUAAAUCAC